ACUGAAAGUGCAGCUGUAACGUCAUCGCAGUUGGAGUUGCAGUAUGCACCGUUUCCCUCCUGCACUGCAACGUCUUCGACUCGAAACGGUACACAGCACGCCUCGCUUCGAGAAAUCUACUCAAUUGCAGACGUAAAAGGGGUCUGCAAAGGCGCCUGGAUACUUCCUUGCAUGCAGGGUCGAGAGUUCUGACUACAGGAUGAAGAACCACAAGCUACCACACUGAAACGCGGCGCCAGUGUUGCCCACGGGACAUGGAUGCUGUCAAAUAAUGCUUACCGAAUGACACGGUCUGUUCAAAGAGGCGGAAGGUAAUGUGGCAGCAGUCGUGCUGUCCUCCGAUUGGCCGACUUGUGCAACGGUUGGUUAAUCGGGUCUCAAGCACCCAGAACAAACGUCCUGGAGGAGACGGCGAUUCAGACCCCGAAGAGGACAUCGAAGGGCAGGGCUUCUUCAUUCCUAGCAAGAAAGUGUACAGCGCGCACCGUCGCCUAAUUUCGGGUCAGUCGAGCGUGUCCCUGGAUGAACGCCUCUGGCAACCCCAUGGACAACCUCAGGACGAUUGUCGGAGCCUACGAAGAGGGUCUUUGUUAUCUAAUGCAAGCGGACAGAGUUACUGGCUGAGAGAGGACAGUCUUGGAGAAGUCGAACCGUCUCUGUACGGCGACGAAAGCGACCUCGACGUAGCGGAAGGAGAGCUGACUGCGGUCGAAGUGGUCAACGAUUCAUGCAGCGAGAAAAGUGCCAGUACAUCCGAAAAGAAGAGGGCACAAGUGGAGGAGCCGGAUCAUUUUGGGAAGCUCAUAUUCCGAACAAAGCUCUUGAAAGACGAAAAUAAGCUAAUCGUCUACCUAGAGCGAGCCUGCGACCUUCCUGUCAAAGGAGUUCGUAAACAGUACGACACCUUCGUGCGAGCAUGUCUGCUGCCUGGCGGUCGCAACGGCAAAUGUUCGAGCACUCUCAAAGGGACGUUGAACCCGCACUUCCAUGAAGAACUGAGCCUAAGCUUGCCCAGAGUAAGCGUUGUCGGUCAGCGGUGCUCCAGUGCCAAGGCAGGAGCGUCGCUCUUGCGGCUAUCCUUGUUCGACUACGGCCGUCAGGGAGACCACGAUGCACUGGGACAUGUCCUUAUGCCUUUUUCCACUCUUUCCCGCUCCGAAGGAAAGAUCCACUGUUGCCCUCUCAGGCCAGAAAGUCUGGUUCCCGGAAGCCGUGGACAGCUCCUCCUUUCUCUCCUUUACCACCCGACACAACAUCGACUGACUAUAGUCGUGAUGACAGCACGCUUCAACUGUAAAGACGGCGACAGGAGUGGCAACUCGGGAAAACUUUGCACCGAGAAAACAGAACUCAGCGAGUGCUACGCCAAGGUAACCCUCAUGUGUGGCGGUCAGAAGGUAAAACGUGUUCGUACCAGCCCCGUCCCGGCCUCAGGCUCUGCGGUCUUCAACCAAGCCUUCCACUUCGUGCUCCCCGUAUCGUUUGUGGACGAAUCCAGUGUCGUCAUCACUCUUCUCGAACGCUCACGUCUUACCCGAGAUGUCGUCUUGGGCCGCGUUAUUUCUGGACCCUAUGUACACCACAGCGGCGAUGAACGACUCACGCAUUGGGGAAUUAUGCUACAGAGGCGUAGGUCUGUGAUUCAGUGGAGACGCUUUUACCUCUGACACGAACCUGUAUACCGUUGUGUGAUGUGAUGUGUGAUCUCAGUGGCAUUCGGGUGUUGCUGACUUGUUUCGAAGUGGGGUGGCGGCUACCGAAGGGAACAGCAGCAGGCACAGUGUGCGAGCUUGGCGCCCCUGCGCCGAUUCUCAGUACUAUUACCCAGUGGCGAAAGAAUAAACUACGGCGUUAAUCGAC